AAUCACACACACACACAACCACAAAUUUGCAGAUCGUCGUCGGGCGCACUUUCAAUGUCGUUUUUGUUGAUACUUAUCGUUGUUUUUGUAUGAAAAAGUUAAAAUAUUAGUUAAUUCAUUAAUUAAAAUCCAAAUAAAUGUUUAAAAAUCGUAUAAAGCAGUGCCUUCCAAAUUGAAAGCUGUGUCCCAUUCUUAUUUUUUUUUAUCAAAUAGUUUUGCGUGUGCUUGUGUGUGUGAGAGUAGCAGGGAUAACAGAACAUUUCCCAUUUGCGCAGUUUAUUCCAAGAAACCUGCGACCAAAAGGAGAAUUGCGCUUGAAAUAAUGGCACGCGACGGCACACAAGGCGGGACCCAAGGGGCCACGCAGAGCCAGGCAUCCAACAUUUGGACGCAGGUGGAGAGCCAACCGAUGGAGAGGAUCGUGUGGGGCAGAUUGUACGGAAAGAAUAUCAAAAUCAAAUCGCUGGAUCUGAACAAUGACGAAUUCAAGGCUGGACGUGGAGAGGCGAAUGACUUGGUCCUGACCCUCAAAGAUUUGCCUGAGAAAAUCCUGACGCGCAUUUCCAAAGUGCAUUUUAUCAUAAAGCGGGCAAAUUGUGAGCUGACAAAUCCGGUCUAUAUACAGGACCUCUCACGCAAUGGGACUUUUGUGAAUAAUGAAAAAAUUGGCACCAAUAACAUGCGCAUUUUGAAAAACGACGAUGUCAUAUCAAUUGCCCAUCCCACAUACAAAGCCUUUGUGUUCAAGGAUCUCAGCCCGAAUGAGGCCAUCGGCCUGCCCGAAGAGAUAACCAAAACGUAUUCUGUAAAUCGUAAACUGGGCUCGGGGGCCUACGGUCUGGUGCGUUUGGUGUAUGAGACCCGCACCUGCCAACAGUUUGCCAUGAAAAUUGUUAAGAAAAAUAUGCUGGCGGGCAGUGCACGACCCAGCACGAAUCUCAGCGAUCCCGAGAGGGUUCUCAAUGAGGCAAAGAUUAUGAAAAACCUCACCCACCCUUGUGUGGUGCGUAUGCAUGAUAUUGUGGAUAAACCGGACUCGGUUUAUAUGGUCCUAGAGUUUAUGCGCGGUGGGGACUUACUUAAUCGCAUCAUCAGCAAGAAACUGCUGUCGGAGGAGACCUCAAAACUAUAUUUCUACCAAAUGUGCCAUGCUGUUAAAUAUCUACACGAUAGAGGCAUCACACAUCGCGAUUUGAAGCCAGAUAAUGUUCUGCUAGAGUCGGGGGAUGAGGACACACUUCUCAAAGUCUCUGACUUUGGGCUAAGCAAGUUUGUACAAAAGGACUCUGUGAUGCGGACACUCUGUGGCACGCCGCUUUAUGUGGCCCCUGAGGUUUUGAUCACAGGCGGACGAGAGGCCUACACCAGGAAGGUGGACAUUUGGAGCCUGGGUGUGGUUCUGUUUACCUGUCUCAGUGGCACAUUGCCCUUCUCCGAUGAGUACGGCUCUCCAGCAGCUGAGCAAAUAAAAAAGGGUAAAUUUGCCUACCGACACCCUGCCUGGAAGGGUAUAUCGCAGCGUGCCAAGCUCUUGAUAAAUCAAAUGCUUAUUACGGAUCCCAAGAAGCGACCCUCAAUCGAUGAUGUACUGCAAGCCAAUUGGCUGCGAGACACAAAAGUGCUACAAAAGGCCAAGCAGCUAAUGAAACUCGACAGCAUGGAGAUCGAGGAGGUGGAGAAUAAUUUCCUGGAGCCACCCACCAAGCGUUCGCGGCGAUAGCUAAGCGGGAAAAGGUUUUAAUUUUCUGGAAAAAUUAAGAGGACAUUUUUCCCACCCCAAAAAAAAACCCUCUGCCGCAGCCAAGACGAUACGCUUUGUUUUUGCGUGAAAUGUGUUUCCAAAUCAAGUAUUUUUUUGCGGUUGUUUAGUUUUUACGUUUUGUUUGUUGUAAGAUAGCCACAAAUCGACCUGGUGAUUGGCAUUUAGUUGUACAUAAGAUAACCAUUAUAUCCUUAAGGAAUGGUAUGUUUUUUCCUGAUGACCCAGUAUUUGGCCUUUUACAUAACGCUGCUUGCGUAAAGGAUCCCCCCACUGACAGGACAGGACAUCAAAGACACCAAAACUGAAGCAUUGUUCAGAUCAGAUCAUAUAAGACCAUUCCAAAUGAUGAUGCGCAUUGAUUGUUUAGUAACUAAACACAAAUUAUUAAUUAGAAUUACAAUCUGACUUUUUGGUUGCAAAUUACCCGAAAGACUUUGAAAUAAAGAUUUUGAAUUUAUACAACGAA